GACGUUUGUUAUUGUCAUUUAGUGAUUGUAUUUUGCUUAUCAGCUAGAAGUUUUAUUAUUGACGUGUGGUAGUUUAGCUCAAUUGUUUCGUAAAAAUAAUCCAUUGGCAAUGAUUAUUUAACUUGGGAACUCAUUAAAUGGAGUUCGUUUUUUAAAGUGACGACAUGAAUUGUACUUAGUUUUUUACUUGCGGGAACAUCGGAGCGUACAGCUUUUUUAGUACUGUCGAAAUCAAUCACCAUCAUUGCAUCACAAAUCUGAAUGUACGCCCUUCCUACACACAAUAUAACUGUCAGUAUCAACUUCAUCGCAACCGCCGUCAAUUCUGUUGCUCUCCACAAAACUAAGAGCUAACAUCAUGAAUCGCAUUUCAGUUGCAAGUGGAGCGGCUACCGGUUCUGGUAGUUCGGUGGAUGCCACUCCAUAUAUACGUACCAUCGAAUGGGACAUGAUGAAUAAAACGAAAUUUUUUCCACUUUCCAUGCUGAGUUCGUUUUCGGUACGGUGUUGCCUAUUCCCAUUGACCGUGAUAAAAACACAAUUACAAGUGCAAUAUAAAAGUGAUGUGUAUAAAGGCAUGAUUGAUUGUGCCAUAAAAAUAUAUCGAUCCGAAGGUGUUCCCGGUUUAUAUCGUGGUUUUUGGAUAUCAUCAGUGCAAAUUGUGUCUGGUGUAUUCUAUAUUAGUACAUAUGAGGGUGUACGCCAUCUACUAAAUGAAGUUGGUGCCGGUCACCGUACAAAAGCGCUAGUUGCAGGUGGCUGUGCCUCACUCGUUGGCCAAACUAUUGUUGUACCAUUUGAUGUAAUAUCCCAACACGCCAUGGUAUUGGGUAUGGCAGCACAUGCAGGCCCUCGCGCUGACCUGAAUCCACUAGGCAUCAAAACCGGACCAGGUCGUAGUCGAUUUGCAUUGUCGCUGGAUAUAUCACGUGAGAUAUUGAAACGUGAUGGUUUUAGUGGUUUCUAUCGUGGCUAUACAGCAAGUUUAAUGGCGUACGUACCAAACUCUGCAAUGUGGUGGGCUUUUUAUCACUUGUAUCAAGAUGAACUGUGCCGCAUAUGUCCUCCUUGGUUUUCACAUCUCUUUAUACAAUGCGUUGCAGGUAGUUUAGGUGGAUUUACUACUACCAUUAUCACAAAUCCGCUUGAUAUAGUCAGAGCUCGUCUCCAAGUGCAAAGACUGGAAUCAAUGCGUGUUGCAUUUCAAGAGUUGUGGCGAGAAGAGCGUCUACACUGUUUCUUUAAAGGUUUGUCCGCACGACUGGUACAGUCCGCGGCAUUUUCAUUUAGCAUAAUUUUAGGCUACGAGACAAUAAAACGAAUAGCAGUCGAAGAGCAAUACAAACAUCAAAUACGUUGGUAAAUUCGUAGUUAUUGAACUGCUAUGAGUAUGCACAACCAUGUAACCACCAAGUGUUAAAUAUAUGUAUACAAAUUCACAUCAAAUCACCAGAAUCACAACUUGAACAAUUAAAUUAUAUUACAUAAGCAUGCCAAAGAAAUCAGUCAUCUGUUAUUGUGUCAUUGGACAAUUACUAUUUCUAAAUGGUAAUUCAAUUUGCCUCAUGUAUUUCUUUAUCAAUAUACAUACAUACAUAUGUAUGUUGUCAUAUUUGUGCGCUCACAUACAUAUUUAUUAUGAAAAUCAAUAACAAUAAAAAAUAUGUGAAUGUGAAUAUGUCUGGUGGCGUAGUACACACAUGCUACUGCUGGGGCUAAAUACUUUUAAUCAAACUGUAAAUAUUGAAACAUGAAUAAAUUAAUUUUAUGUUUAAAUUUAGCAAAUGUUUCAUAGAAAUUUGUUGUAACUUUUGCAUAUUAUGCGCAAACUAAACAGUAGUGUAUGUAGAGAUUUUGUAAUAAACCAUUGUUGGUAUUUUAGUUUUAAUGACGUUUAGCUAAUUUAAUGAACAAUGUGUUGAAAGUAAACUUUUUACUUGUUUAAUAUUAAUAAUUAUAAUUGAUUUCGCACGAGAUUUGGAACAAGUUGCUUAAUAAAUAUAAUUAUUUGUAAUGUGUUAGUGGUAAUGAAGUUAUUAUAAAUGUUAACAAUGUGGCAUAGUUAUGUAUGUGUUUUAGAUAUAUAAGUGCAACUGUAACAAACACAAAAUAUUGCAAUUUUGACAAGUAAAUGCAAACCAAACAAAACAAAACAAGAAAAAUUCUGGUCAGCUAGUAAAAUGAAAAAAAAUUAUAAUAAUGAAAUAUUUACAUAA